AUGUUAAGGUGUGCUCUUCAAAUCCCAAAUUCUGUUUCCCACUCUGCUCUCCGUCUUUGCUUCCCUUCAACUUCAUCCCUACACUCUCACUCUCAGCCCCAAUCGCUUGAUGAAGCUGUUGAUUCCUUCACUCGCAUGCUCUCUAUGCGUCGUACUCCUCCCAUCAUCCAAUUUAACAAGAUUUUGGGAUCCCUUUCCAAGACGAAGCAUUUCCACGCCGCCGUUUCCCUUUUUCAGCAAUUGCAAAUCAGGGGAAUCGCGCCCAGCGUAGUUACUUUGAGCAUCGUAAUUAAUUGUUGUUGCGGCAUGGGUCGUAUGACGCUUGCUUUCUCUGUAAUGGCCAAGAUUUUCAGGAUGGGUUUUCAGCCUGAUACCAUAACAUUGACAACAAUCCUGAAAGGUCUCUGUCUCUCUGGUAGUGUUGAAAAAGCAGUGAGCUUUCAUGACAGAGUGCUGGCUCAUGGAUUUCACUUUAAUCAAGUCACUUAUGGGACCUUGAUCAAUGGCCUCUGUAAAACCGGACACACAUCAGCUGCUAUUCAAAUGUUGAGAAAGAUCCCACGGUAUGGCAUUGCUCCUAAUGUCUUCAUGUACAGCGCAAUUAUUGAUAGCCUCUGCAAGGAUACACUUGUAAGUCAGGCUUUUCAUUUAUUCUCUGAAAUGCUUGCUAAGCGAAUUUCUCCCGAUGUUAUCACCUACAACGCUCUAAUUUAUGGAUUGUGUCUUGUGGGUCAAUAUAAGGAAGUCAUUGAUUUGUUAAGUGAUAUGGUGCUUAGAAACAUUACUCCAGAUGUUCAUACCUAUAGUAUUUUGAUCGAUGGGCUAUGCAAGGAAGGAAAGAUCAAAGAUGCUAAGAGUGUAUUGGCUGUAAUGGCAAAACAUGGUGUGAAACCAGAUGUGGUUACUUAUACCAGCUUAAUGGAUGGAUAUUGUUUGGUUAAUCAGGUAUGUGAUUUUGGCUUAUCAAGAAUGAAGCACAGUACAUUCCUUUCUUCCAGAGCAACUGCAGNUCUAUAG